CGGCUGUUGCCGGAAACAAGCCCACGUCUGUGGGAGCCGGAAGUAGGGCGGCUGUCGCAGUGCGUCUGUGGCGGCGGCGGUGGUGGCAUUUGCUGGCUUCUGCGAGCGACUUGAGAUGGCGAGUGCAGCUCCUGCAGCCACAGUUCGCACCCUGGCUCCGCCUUUGGAGCAGCUCCGGCACUUGGCAUUGGAACUGCGGUCGCUACUGCCUCCAGUGCGGGUGGGUGAAGCCCAGGAGACCACCGAGGAGUUUAAUCGGGAGAUGUUUUGGAGACGACUCAGUGAGGCAGCUGUGAAAGUGUCAAGGGAAGCCACGACUCUGACCACAGUCUUCUCUCGACUUCCACUGCCAUCUCCACAGGAAACCCAGAGAUUCUGUGAACAGGUCUGUGCUGCCAUCAAGGCAAUUAUUGCAGUAUACUAUUCACUUCCCAAGGAUCAGGGGAUCACCCUGAGAAAGCUGGUACGGGGCGCUACUUUGGACGUCGUGGAUGGCAUGGCUCAGCUCGUGGAAGUGCUUUUUGUUACUCCAGCUCAGAGCCCUGAAAACAGUGAUCUUAUCUCCUGCAACAGUGUCUGGGUUGCAUGCCAGCAGGUGCCUCGGAUACCAAGAGAUAACAAAGCUGCAGCCCUUUUAAUGCUGACGAAGUGUGUGGAUUUUGUAAAGGAUGCACAUGAAGAAAUGGAGCGGGCUGUGGAAGAAUGUGACCCUUACUGUGGCCUUGUGAAUGACACCCACCAUGAGGAGGAUGAUGUGUUGGGGUUUCCAAGCAAUCAGGACUUAUAUUGGUCAGAGGCAGAUCAAGAGCUCAUAAUCCCAUGCCUUGCACUGGUGAGAGCAUCCAAAGCCUGCCUGAAAAAAAUCCGGAUCUUAGUGGCAGAGAAUGGGAAGAAGGAUCAGGUGGCCCAGCUGGAUGACAUUGUGGAUAUUUCUGAUGAGAUCAGCCCCAGUGUAGAUGAUUUGGCUCUAAGCAUAUAUCCACCCAUGUGCCACCCAACUGUGCGAAUCAAUUCUGCGAAACUUGUAUCUGUUUUAAAGAAGGCACUUGAAAUUACAAAAGCAAGUCAUGUGACCCCUCAGCCAGAAGACAGUUGGAUUCCUUUACUCAUUAAUGCCGUUGAUCAUUGCAUGAACAGAAUCAAGGAGCUCACACAGAGUGAACUUGAAUAAUGAAUUUUCAGGCUCAUUUGUACUCUCCUCUCUCACCAUGAUAGCCAGGCUCUGAUGUUUGCUUUUAAAAUGAGACUAGAAUGCUAGAUGGAUUGAAAGGAGGUUCCUGUCUAUAUUUAACAAGAGACAAUAUUACCAAAGAUUGUUGGUUAGGCUACACGUAAUUAUUUAUAAACUAUAUGAAUGUGAUGUAUUUUUCUAUGCUAGAUACAAAAAGUAAUUGCAUGAGUUUUUGUUCCUAAACCACCUCUCAGAGAUUUCUAGGGAAGCUGCCUUAUUCCUUAUUUGCAAUAAAGUAUGUUGUCUCAUUGUUAAAGA